AUGGGUACUGGACAGGACAGCCUGGUCCUCACAGUGCACCUCUAUGAUGAGGGUUUUAUCAAUGACUUUAUGUGUGAUUCCAGAAGUUUUAAUACAGACACAGAAGAAGAUGACUCGUCAAAAUCAGAAUCAAACGAUACUGAAGAGCAUGAUGACUCAUCCAAAUCAGAAUCACAAGAUGGUGAAAUGGACGCUGAUGAAAAGUCUGAAUCUGAUUCUAAUGAAUCUAAUGCAUCUGAUCAGGAUGACAGCACAGCUGAUACUGACUCCAAUAACAGCAGUGACUCCAAGGACAAUGUUGACCAUACUGGAAUGGAUGAAAAACCAAUUGACAAUGUUGACCAUCAUGGAAUGGAUGAAAAGCCAUCUGGUCCCCCUGACCACAACCCUCCUCCUCACAGACAAUCCUAGCAAUGAACAGGUUUCUGCGAGAGUUGAUGGAUUACAAAUGUAGAGAAUGACAUUACUUGGCUAAAACUGGUACUGGGAAAAUGUGACCUAUACGAGGCAAAACCUCAGAGUAACGACAUCUUUUCUUUAGUCCUUAGAUGUGGGUAUUUCCAAGAACCAUUCAAUGGGUUUCAAUAGGGUUGCAAUGAAUUUAAAUUAUUGGGCUGCUGUUUUCCUUUCUGUCAAUUCCAAUCUAUUUUUUAAAUAAAAAUAGAAUUUUAUUACGA